AUGGAGUUGCCCCCCACGAGCUUGAUCCUUGUGCCAGCUCAGCGGCUUAGUCACCUGCAGGCGUGCACACAGAGGCCCACUCACAAGGGAAGCAGCGGAGCUGUGAAGGUCUUCUACCAAGUGACAGCAAAGGGCAGCUACAAGGAUAUCAUCAGGCAGCAGAUGAGCGGCCUGAUCCUGAGCGGCCUCUAUGGAAGGGCAGCAAUAAUCCAUGCUUUCGUCUUGGCAGACACCAGGGAGGACCUGGCAGCAGCUGCUGAGCUGCUGUCAGAGUUCGGGCGGAAGGUGCAGGUCAUGGAGCAGAGCCUGGAUGGCACCAGGAUGGAACGCCUCACGCUGGAGAACAUUGCUUCCCUUGUGCACGAGCAGGACAGGGUCUUCUACAUGCACUCCAAGGGCGUCACAUACGAUGCCAGCAGCGAGAUUGGCAUAAAUGCCUUCUGGUGGUCACUCUUCAUGCAGUACCACCUGAUCCAGGGGCAUGCCAAGUGCAUAGCUCUGCUGGACAGCUAUGACGUGGUUGGGGUGAAGAGGGAAAACAUGCAGAGGGCCGAUGCAAAGCCAGGCUACCAUUUCAGUGGCAACUUUUGGUGGGCCACAGGGGCAUAUUUGUUGACUCUUAACCCCAAGAUUGGGGAUCUGUACCAUGAUCCUGAGCUGUUCAUAGGGUCCAAUGCGCCCAAGUUCUUCUCGCUGUGGCAGAUCCCCACCAAGGAUGGCAGGGCUUUCUUGACGCAUGAGAAGGAGACGGUGGCUUCCAUAGCAUUUGAUACUCCGUCGCAAAAGCUUCUCGGCUUUCUGAAGACGCACUACGGUCUUGUCCAUUACACACCUCAGGACAACAAGUUUGUGGUGUUUCCCGAGUUCUGGACUGUGACAGCGAAGCAGCAGACCAUGGUCCGGCAUGCAGCCUCAAGCAGCAGCAAAUGGACAAGUGUGGCGGCUCGGCCGCUCACGCCGCCGCGCAGCAGGCGCAUCGCUUCUGCUCGGCAAUCCUCAGAGAUCAAUGUCGGCUCCCCGCGAUCCGCCCAGAAUGGAGCAGCGAGGACCCUCAAUGGCAGCGCAAUGAAUGGCCAUGUCAGAAAUGGGCCCGGGCCCGCCUGA